AAAAAAGAUAUUGACCUCGCUGUAGAAUUAGUGUCAUGAUGAAUUGAGUUUAGUUUGCCUCCAGCAUUUGCCGGUUGGAGGUGGGUAAGGUUACCAGGAUAAACGUGUUUGCUUGUUUAAUUAAUUAAAUUUUGCAAGCAUGGAUUUUAUAUCAUUUGCUCAAUCAAUGUCUAAUUAUAAAGACAGUCCUAAAGGAGUACCAGGUAAUCCGUUCCCAUCAAGGCCCUGGUUACAGGAUCGUGCUGCUGCUGCUCCAGCAUCAUCUAAUAUUGGAGUCAAAGGAAUCAUUGCCGGAGGAAUAACUGGUGGUAUUGAGAUUUGUAUUACAUACCCAACGGAAUAUGUUAAGACCCAAUUGCAAUUAGAUGGGAAAGCUGGUGCUGGUAAACAAUAUUCAGGAAUAUGGGACUGUGUCACAAAAACAGUAAAAACAAAUGGAUUUUUUGGCCUAUAUCGCGGUCUACCUGUUCUUCUUUAUGGUUCUAUACCAAAGUCAGCUGUGCGAUUUGGUGCAUUUGAAACUGUUAAAAAUCAACUAGUUGAUGCUGAUGGUUCAUUAAAUGCACAACGUCGACUUUUAGCUGGUCUAUGUGCUGGUAUUUGUGAAGCAAUACUUGCUGUAACACCAAUGGAAACUGUCAAAGUUAAAUUUAUCAAUGAUCAACGAUCUGCUAAUCCUCAAUUUCGUAGUUUUUUUCAUGGAGUUAAGCUUAUUGUAAAAGAGCAAGGUUUGAAAGGAGUCUAUCAAGGAGUAGUGCCGACAAUAAUGAAACAGGGUUCUAAUCAAGCUAUAAGAUUUUUUGUUAUGGAGACAAUGAAAGAUUGGUAUCGUGGUGGAGACAAUAAUAAACAAGUACCUAAGGUGGUUGUCGGUAUAUUUGGAGCUUGCGCUGGUGCUGCAUCAGUAUUUGGAAAUACUCCAAUCGAUGUAGUGAAAACAAGGAUGCAGGGUUUGGAAGCAUAUAAAUACAAAGGAAGUUUAGAUUGCGCUGUACAAGUUUGGAAAAAAGAAGGUCCACGUGCAUUUUACAAAGGAACUGUUCCACGAUUAGGAAGAGUAUGUCUUGAUGUUGCCAUAACAUUUAUGAUUUAUGAUUCAUUUAUGGAUCUCUUUAAGAAAGUAUGGCCAUAAACUAUAUCUAUCACAUAUUUAUGUAAUAUAUUUUACAUACAAAGUGCCCCCUAAACAAAUAAUUGUGUCAAAAAAUUGCACAAAAUCAUCGAUAUUUUGAAUUUAUUUCUUACUAAAUCUUUGAUAGUAGUGACAAUGAUUUUUAUACAGAAAAAUUUAUAAAGUAAGAUAUACAACAUAAAAAAAUAGCGAGCUUAAAUAUUAUUUAUAACUGGGUUAAUUCAAACUUUAAUUAAUUAUCACGUUGUACAGAUUUUUUUUUUUAUUUGCGAUGGUAUAAUAGAGUAAUUUAAUAAUGUAAAUGUGUAAAAAAUAUUCAUAUUUAGUAAUAUAUGAAUAUUCAUGCCUAUAAACUAUAGAAAAAACCAAAGUUCAUCUUGCAAUAAUUUUUUUAAUCAAGAAAAGUUUUUUUAAGAGAUUUAUAUAAAAAUUUUAUGUUUAUUACUUUGUUGAAUAAUAUUUUUCUUACCGUACCAUCAAUUAAAAUGGGAAAAAAAGUUUAUUUAUAAUUAUAUACUUAGAUUUAUUUGGAAAGGAAAAAAAAUUAAUACAAAUUUUUCUCUUUAUUAUUAACUUUGUCACAUUAUCUAUUGUUCAUCAAGCAAUAUAAUAAUAUCAUGAGAAUUGUUGGUGAAGUGAAAUUUUAAUUAUGAAUUAAGUAAAACAUCUACUGAAAACAUUCCACAAAUCAUUCCAAACUAAUAUAUACAACUUGAGACAAGAUUGAUAUUUUAUUGUGUUUUUUGAAACAAUCAAUUGUCAAAAAUAUUUAUUAUUAUAAUCGAGAAUCUCAAUUAAAUAUCAAUAUUUGCUUAUUCAUAGAUAUUUAAAAAUGUUGCAAAUAGAUUCACAAGUAUAUGUAUAUACAGAUUAAUUUUUGCCAUUAUACAAAAUCUUAACUAC